UUCCUGCCUCCUGUUUCUCUCUCUCUUGCCUGUCUGUCUGACUCAGAAGUGAGGACUCACUGGGCAGCAGCUUCAGCAGUACUUAGGGGCUCCAAGACACCCCAUCUUAUCAUCUGCUCCGUGGCCUCUGGAGGUGUACGACAAAGAUGUCCUGGAGACAAGUCAUCCUCCUAUCCUCUCUCUUGGCCAUGGUGCUCCUGUGUAUGCUACAAGAGGGGACCAGUGCAUCCGUGGGGAACAGACCGGCAGCCGGAGAAGAGGCAUCAGAAGGUGUGAAAGAGAAGAUUUUCAUGCAAGAAUCCGAUGCCUCGAAUUUCCUCAAGAGGCGUGGCAAGAGGUCUCCCAAAUCCCAAGACGAAGUCAAUGUGGAAAACAGACAGAAGCUGCGGGAUGAUGAGCUGCGGAGAGAGUAUUAUGAGGAACAAAGGAACGAGUUUGAGAAUUUCGUGGAGGAACAAAGAGACGAGCAGGAAGAGAGGACCAGGGAGGCAGUGGAGCAGUGGCGACAGUGGCAUUAUGACGGCCUGUACCCUCCCUACCUCUACAACCGCCAUCCCAUCUGACCUCCCAUCUGACCUGGAUCUGAAGCAACUGGGGAAAAAGGGCAUGAGACACGCCCCUACCUCCCUGCCUGACCCACCUCCGGCCCACUGCCUCUCUCCUACAGACAGGCCCACAAGGUGACCCUGGAGGCUGCUCAGGCCAGCAGCUCCUGGGAACACACGCCCUUUAUCCCGAUGUCUUACAAUGCCUGGCUUUUGCUUCUUUGUGGAUUUUUUUUUUUUUUUUUUUUGAGGUGAGCAACCACCUGUUUUUUUCCCAUGAUCAAAUCUACAUGUUGUCCCCUUGCUUAGCCACUGGCAACACAAUUAGAAUGCCCAUCUGAUAGGACAGUUAAAGGGAUUGCAGCAAAAAGCCUCUGUUGGCUUAUGGCCUAUUAAUAAAAGUGC